AUGUCGAACCCGAAUCCCUCUUCAGCGCCCAGGAUAGCCAUAUCCUUUGGAACCCCCAAAUCCUCCAACUCCGCCAGAGACCAGUCAAAGCCAAAACCGCCACCCUCACGCCUUGGCAAGCGAGCCCGCCCACACGCACUUGGCCAUGACUCCCACAGCGACGACUCCGAUUCCGACUCCGACCCCGACCGCCGCGGGCGGCACGAGGCCAUCACAGAACUCGGGGGCGAGGAAGCCCCGAAAAAGCGCCCCAGGGAGCUCGUGAUCGAAAGCCAGCCCAACCGCAACUGGAAGGACGAACUACGCGCCAAGCGAGGCGGCGGCGGGAAGAAGAACCUCCUCCCUCCCGAAGUGCAGGCACGAAAACAAAAGGGAAGGGAGGAUCCGAAAGAAACGGCGCCCGCGGACGGGGUCGGGGAUGAGGAGAUCCAAUGGGGCCUCGCCGUGAAAAAGCGCAAGACGGAGCAACCAUCCGACGAAGAAGGCGAUGGCGACGAAAGGGACAGACGCCAAUCAUCUUCCCGCUCGCCAGGGGACGACGGCGACAACGAAAGAACCAACAGCAAAGAAGGCGAAGACGACGCCCCGCGAGACAAAACCCCCCCCCCAGGAACCACCGCCGACGACGAAGCGAUGGACGCCCUUCUCGGCCGUCGCGGGAAGAACCCAGACGCCGAGCGCGUCAUCCGCCCCGCCACGGAAGACGAGGCCUACCAGGAGGACGUGCAGCGGCACGUCGGCGCCGACUCGACCCUCAACGACUACGACGCCAUCCCGGACGGCGAGUUCGGCGCCGCGCUGCUGCGCGGUAUGGGCUGGGACGGCAAGCUGCGCGGCCCGCGGCCCCGCGCGACGGGCGAGCGGCGGCAGAACCUCCUCGGAUUGGGGGCCAAACGGCUCAAGGAGGAUGAGGACCUGGGGCAGUGGAAUCACGGCGGCGGCUCCGGCGGGCGGGGGAAGGGCCGGGGGGGUUCGAAGCGGCCGCCCCGGUUACAUGACUAUCGGCGGGAGGAGGAGAAGAGGAAGGCGGAGAGGAGGGAGAGGAGGGGGGAAGGGUACAGGGAGGAGAGGGAGAGGGAUGGGGAUAGGGAUAGGUAUAGAGACCGCGAUCGCGAGAGGGAUAACCGUCGGGACAGAGAGAGGGAUGGGGACCGAGGGUAUCGAAACGGUGACUCUAGGCGCUACUGA